AUGGAGCUCGGAGAUAAACUAAAAGACCUGAACUUAUCAGCGGAUGAAAUGGACAAAUUUACCAAGGCUUUCAAAGACAAGAAAUUCAGGGAAAUGUUGUGCGACUACGCCCAAGAAAUUUCAGACCCAGAGAACAGGAGAAUUUAUGAGGAGGAGAUCAAACUCUUAGAGCAGGACCGAGGAAACAGCGUCGAGUUUAUCCACCCGACACCGUUUAGGGUCAUCAAAACGAGCGAGGGGGGCAAACAGAAAUGCUUCAUCAACAUCUGUUCCAAUGAGAAAAUCGGUAAGCCUGAAGUUAAGUGUGCUGUGUCAGAGGAUGGGCGGAAAGGGCAGAACUGGUCCCUGCCUCAUACCCUGCAUCCAGGGAGGCAACACGAAGACCCCAAAGGGAACAAAUUCAUGAUUUAUGAUGUUAUUUAUCACCCUGACACGCUCCAUCUAGCCAGCAGAAACAAAAGAUUUAUGGAUAUGGUUGACGAUACAGCCAUUCAAGGAAUCCAGAAAGCCUUUAAAGUGACACUGGAUAAAAGAAACGUGAAAGAGAUGAAGACCAAAUAUAAAGGCACCCCGCAGCCUUGUGUUAUCCGAAAACCCAUCGCCGGAUACCAGAAGCCCCACGAGCAGCCCGGCCCCCUCUCCUUCCCUUACCCUGAUGAAAAACAGCCGGAGGGAAAGCCCGCAGAGACACUUCCAAAGAAAACCGGCGAUGCUCAACUCAACUUUCAGACCCGACAACAACAAACCAAAGAGCCAACCCAGCCAAACUACACGGUCAAAUAUCGAUCUGUCGUCGAUUUGCAGGACUUCAGGUGUUCCAGAGACUCUGCCCAGAGCCCCAGGCCCAAAGAGAUUGUGGUUACCAUCGACGUGCCCCUCCUGAAGUCCGUCACAAACACCAACCUGGAAGUUAAACAAAAAAGCCUGCUGCUGGAGUCCGAAAAGCCGGCCUACAGGCUGGAGCUGCCGCUGGCCUACCCCGUGGACGAAGACAAAGGCGAGGCCAAGUUCAGUAAACAGAAGGGGCAGCUGACCGUCACACUGCCCGUUCUUCCUCCCGCUGAAGCUUUUGAUUAUUCGGUUGGAUCCACUACACCCACGAGUGACUUUCAGAGUGACAGUGAAAGCCAGGGAGAGAGCGGUGUGGCUGAAGAAGAGGACAAGGGGGACGAGAGGGAAUGGAGAGGGAGGCAGGAGCAAGAGGCAGAACAAAUAGAUAGGAAGACAGGAAGGGAGCUGAGGGAUAAGGAGGAGACUGGUACACAGGAGGAAAGGAAGACUCAACCAGAGAGAGAAGGACAAGAAAGCGAGGAGGAAGAGAGAAAGGACAGGAUCCUUCAGAGGGAGGAGCAGAAAACAGAAGAUUUACCAGAGCAGCAGGAGCUGAAUAGGGAAGUUUUUCAGUCCAUAACUACAAGUGAUGCAAUGAAUCCCCAUGAUGAGCUACAGGAAGACAGUUGUGACAGGUCAGCUGAGAACCUGGAAUGUGGUGACACUUCAGUCCUGAGGGCAGAGACUUCUGCUGAGGAAGAAAACUCUACUGCAGAUACAAGACUCCAGGCUGCAGCCAAAGACGAGGAUCGACACAUUUUAAUCUACGAUGUACAUUCUGGUCACCAAGCUGAGGACAAAGAAGAAAACCUGACUUCAGCUUUAGAGUCAGCAGCCGAAACGAAUCCUUCAGAUAACCAAGAGGAGACUGAAAAGACAGAAGCGGGACGAGGGGGCAAGCAGGUGGGAACGGACGCUGCACAUCUGAAUGACGCAUCCGGUGAGGAACCCCGGUCAGUUUCCGACAGGCAGCUCAUCCUCCGUUCAGCAGAGUUUCCCUCCGCCUCUGAGGAGCAGAGGGAGGAGACGGAUGAGGACGACCUGCCGGCGGGGACGAGCUUUCCACCGGCCGAGUGGGCCGAGCCCCAGCCCGCGUUUCUGAGGGAGGUCGACGCGGACGGAAAUGAGAGGGUGAUCAGCGAUCAUUCCACGACCGCCGCGUUCGACUUCCAAAACCAGCUGCUGUACGAGCUGGACUGA